AUGAAGCCAAUUGGAAAAGUGCUUUGUGCUACGGGGAUCGUAGCUGGGCUCGUAGCUUUCUUCUGGAAAGACCCUUUUAACCCAGAGAGUUUGUCUGGUGCCCGCGUUCUCCUGACUGGAGCCAGUGCUGGGAUUGGAGAGCAGAUGGCAUAUCAUUAUGCCAGAUUUGGUGCUGAAAUUGUUUUGACUGCUAGGAGGGAAGCUGUGCUGCAGAAGGUGGUGGAGAAAUGCCUGGCACUUGGAGCAAAGAAAAUAUUUUAUAUACCUGCAGAUAUGUCUUCCCCUUGGGUUCAGUUUGCUGUCCAAAAGCUGGGGGGACUGGAUUACCUGGUGUUGAACCACAUUGGCAUGACCCGUUUCCAGAUGUGGGCUGGAGAUGUGGAGUACACCCGCUGGCUCAUGCAGGUGAAUUUCUUCAGUUAUGUGGCACUCGCAACAGCAGCUCUUCCCACGCUGGAGAAGAAUAAAGGCUCUCUGGUGAUUGUUUCUUCCCUCACAGGGAAAAUACCCACUCCCUUCACCACUUCUUAUUCUGCCACCAAGUUUGCACUGGAUGGAUUCUUCAGCUCACUGCGCCAUGAACUCAUCAUGCAGAAGAGAAAUGUCUCUAUCACACUGUGCAUCCUGGGACUGAUAGAUACUGAUACAGCAUUAGAGAAUACCAGGGGCAAAGUGCACCUAACUGCUUCUCCUGCUCCUGAAGCUGCACUUGCCAUCAUCCAGGGGAGUGCCACGCGGGUGCAGGAGGUUUUCUACCCAUGGUGGCUGCAGCACAUAUGCUGCCUCUGGGUUUUGUCCCCCAGUGACCGGGACCAGGUUUUACAGAGUUACUAUAACUACAGCAGUCCUUAA